UCGCUCGAUUUACAGAGUGCAGCGUGGUUUUGGAUUUUCACUAAUUAGUCAUUAACAUCUAUGUUGUGAUGUUAUCUGCAUUCUGAGAACGAUUGCUCAAUGGUUGAAAUACUCAAAUUCCCACCACUAAGCCAGUCUUGAUUUUAGCCUCAUAUUUCAGUUUGAAUAAUCGGAUAAUCUCAUUAACCAACGAAAAUAAAUAAAUAAAACCAUAAGUGGGCUACAUAAUUGACUGGUUAAUGUGAUUUUUUGUCCUAGGGGAUUCAGAUUUUAUUUUUGAUCGGUUAAACUAUCGAAUCAGCCCCUAUAUUUUUGAUGCCCACAUCUAUGUUUUAUUCAAAUCUUGAUUAUGUAAUCAGUGAAUCAUUGUGCCGAGUUAUGCGUUAUUUCCCAAGUAUACGUUCAUUCAGUAAUCGUUUAAAGGAAAACCGUGAACUAACGUGGUGAGAGAAAAGGAACAAACAAAUACUAUCCUCCCGAUUUCGAUCCUAAUCAUCACAGGAAUCUCAACUCAUACCAUGGCACACAUGCUCUACGUCAACGUGGGAGAAAGGCAGGUCAAGGCAUUAUCACUAUUAGAUUUGAAAUGCCUUUCAACUGCUGGUGUCUCACUUGUAAAAAUCCUAUCGGUAUGGGUGUCAGAUAUAAUGCAGAAAAGAAAAAAGUAGGGAUGUAUCACUCAACUCCUAUCUACCAAUUCUCUAUGCCUUGCCAUCUCUGUGCUGGUACAAUUGUAAUGCAGACGGAUCCAAAAAACUUCCAAUAUGUUAUUCUGGAAGGUGCUAGGCGUAAAGUACAAAAGUGGGACUCAGAAGAAAAUGAACAAGUCCUUAUUGCAGAUCACUCUGAAAAGAAGCAGCUUGCUACUGAUGCCAUGUAUCAUUUGGAGCACAAUGUAACUGACAAAAGGAAAGCAAGUGAGAUCAUACCAGCAAUUCAAGAAGUCCAGAUUGAUCGUUUGAAACACGAAGAUGACUUUACUUUGAAUCAAAUUGCUCGUAAAAAGUUUCGUGAAGCCAAAAAGCAAUCUGAGGAAAAAUUGGUCAGAGAUAACUCUCUCUUAAAGCGCUUGUCACUAACUGGGUCUCACGUUGAACUUCUUCCAGAAACUGAGGACGACUCAACUAUGGCAAAAGUUAUGUUCCUUACACAUUCGAAACGUAAUAUAACCGCAAAUCCUUUGAAUUCUACGUCUCUCAUUCGUAAUAGAAACUCACAUGUGCCAGCUUCUAAAGCCAAAAGUGCAUCGAAAGCUGAUAACAUCAAAAAGUCAACUAUAUCAACGUUAAAAAAGACUCCAAGGAUGUCGAUGGAUCCGAUUAUCUAUCGUCCUUGUAAAAGUAAGAAACUAAUUAACAAGUCUGGGGACUCUGGAAUUGAAGAAAGUGAAUCCUCUCUUUCAACUCCCAAUCGCUUUUGUAAUCACGUGACAGAUAGUCCUGUCGAACUGGUGACCUAUGAAAGUAGUGAUGACUCACAUAGCAAUAUUGACGUUUAACCUUACACGUUUGGUCAAGUAAAACGGAUCUCGCUUCAUUCAUGCUCUGUGUGAGAUCAGUGGGUUGGAGUUAUGAACCAAACACCUUAUUUUAAAUUUGCAGAAGGAGCAAGUACAUGUGGAAGGUAUUCAUGCUCUCCACGUUGGCACGUUUGAGAUAUUCAUUUUAAAGACUUUUGUACCUUAUUUUGUUCAAUAAAAUACUCUUAUAUUCA